AUGUCAGAGAAAAAGGAAGCUGAAUAUGAAGAGCAGGAAGAGGUGUUAGAGGAGGAGGUGGAUGAUCAGGUGGAUGAGGAGGUGGAUGAAGGUAAAGCAAAACCAAAGCCAAAACCUUUCGUGCCAGCUUUGGUGCCUCCCAAAAUUCCCGAUGGAGAGAAAGUGGAUUUUGAUGAUAUUCAUCGCAAACGUAUGGAAAAGGACCUGACGGAGCUGCAAAUGCUCAUUGAAGCACACUUUGAGAACAGAAAGAAAGAAGAGGAGGAGCUAAUAAACCUCACUCAACGAAUUGAGAACCGCAGGGCAGAAAGAGCCGAGCAGCAGAGGAUUCGUACUGAGCGUGAAAAAGAACGUCAAAACAAACUAGCCGAGGAAAAGGCACGAAAAGAGGAAGAGGAGGCAAAGCGUAAGGCUGAUGAUGAUGCAAAGAAGAAAAAAGUUCUUGCAAGCUUUCAGUAUACGGGAUAUAUGCAGAGGACAGACAAAAGGGGCGGCCCAAAGAAACAAACCGAGAGAGAGAAGAAAAGAAUGAUUCUUAGUGAACGUCGUAAGGAGCUACACAUCGAAAACCUCAGUGAGGACAAGCUCAGAGAGACCGUAAACGAACUCUGGAAGUGGAUGCGGCAACUGGAAGCAGAGAAAUUUGAACUGCAGUACAAAUAUACAUGCCAGAAAUAUGAGAUUACUGUACUUAGGAAUCGAGUCACUGAUCAUCAAAAAAUUACCAAAGGCUCUAGGAGUAAGAGGGGCCUGAGAAAAUAGAGCAUCUCCAUGAAGACGAAAACAACAACAACCUUAAGAGAGCAAAUGAAAACAGAUGUGUGAUAUGAACCACAACAAUUUAAAACCCAUGCAACACCUUAUAGAUGUUUUUUUUUUUCAUUUGCAAUAAAAAUGAAUGUGCUUUAUAUAAGUAACAACAUAAUUUGUGUUUUAAAAAGUCCUGAAGUAAUGUGAGUUAUGUAAACUAAAUGGUGAUCUGAACCAGACCCAAAG